GUUUGACAUUUUGGUAAACGGCGGCAGUGCAAUAACUCUCCAAUUUCAAAGAAAUCCCUUCCACCCCAUAAAGAGAACAGUCCUCGUGCCUUGGAAUGACAUAGUCGUCAUGGAACCUGUCGUAAUGUCAGCUCUAACUGACACGGACUCUUCAUCACUUUCACAGCAGCCGGAAUCGUGCGAUGACCACGAUUAUGACCACACCAAACCAAUUGUUUAUCAGACGUGGAGGCCCGUAUCGGAAGGAGGAUGCACACAAAGCAGCGCUAUCAUUGCAGAAACUCAGGUUCUUCAGGAAAGUCUUUCAAUCCCCGGAUCGGAUCUCCAUCUCGUCUACCACAGCAGUCACGCCCACGGCUAUCUCUCGACUAUCCAUUUGCAACUCACUCCAAGCAACAUUACUUCCACGCUUCGCUUGGUACAUUUGCGUAUCAUCAUCGAGGGGAUAUUUUUUGAAAAGUUUUUUGAAGCAGAUCCAGAAAUAAAAUUCACCUAUGCCUGGAAUAAGAGGAAUGUUUAUAAACAGAAAGUGUAUGGUUUGACAACAGCCAGAGUGUUUGUCGGCUACGAAUAUAGAACGUGCCGUGACGUAAUAUGGACCGCUCAUUCUAUGACAUUAAAGGGAUAUGAUAUGGACACCUCAGAACUAGGAGGAUGGAACUUAGAUAUACAUCACCGUUAUAACUUCCAUGAAGGUGUUCUCCAGAAAGGCGAUGGCACUACAAUAUACUUUAGACAACAGCCGAGAGUCAUUUCGACUUUGAUGGGCACAGGUCAUCAGAGACCUAUGCUCUGCCCUGAAUGCAACGGCAUGGCGAGAGAAGCGCGACUUUUGGCUCCAGUUGCUCUGACAUCAGGUCCUGAUGGCAGCGUUUACGUAGGAGAUUUCAAUCUUAUCCGGCGAAUUACAACUAGCGGUCAAGUUUAUACGAUAUUUAGAAUGAGGACGACAGACAUGUCUACUCAUUAUCAUAUAACCUUAAGUCCUACGGAUGGUCAUCUGUAUAUCUCUGAUCCGGAGCGACACCAAAUUCUGAGAAUCCAUUCCCUGGACAAAGUUGAAGAUCCAGAGUCCAAUUUUGAUGUGGUAGUUGGCAGUGGAGAUCGUUGUCUCCCACGUGACCGUGAUAAUUGCGGGGAUGGAAAGCCAGCUUUGGAAGCCCGGCUGUCCUAUCCUAAAGGCAUGGCUGUUGCAGUGGAUAACACACUUUACUUUGCUGAUGGAUCUAAUAUUAGAAUGGUGGAUAGCAGAGGUAUUAUCCAUACUUUAAUUGGAGAUCAUCAUCACAAGCGACAAUGGCGUCCUAUUCCUUGCUCGGGCACUUUGAAACUCGAAGAGGCAAAGCUCAGGUGGCCGACUGAUCUAGCCAUCAAUCCUCUGGACAACUCAUUGUAUUUCAUAGAUGAUCACAUGGUGCUUAAACUUACUCAGGACAGAAGAGUAAUGGUCAUUGCUGGACAUCCAGUGUACUGCAGGCCACAACAAAGUCAGUUAAGAACAAGAAUUUCUGGUGGCAAUAUGCUGUGGUCCUUGAUUGGCUUUACUUUUAGUCCAACCGGUACGAUGUACUUGGCAGAAGUUGAUGCAAAAAAUGUUCACCGUGUUCGAAUGUUGACACCAGAUGGUGAAUUGCUCCAUUUUGCAGGAAGAGAAGGACUAUGUGACUGUGAAUGGCAGAACUGCAGUUGUUCAACCAAAGAAGAAGGACAACUAGCCGUUGAUACUAGGCUUCUAUCAGUAACUUCCAUCACGGUUACUGGAGAUGGUGUAGUGCACAUCGCAGAUCAAGGAACCUUAAAGAUACUAUCCGCCAUCCCUUACUUGCCUUCCCAAGACACAAACAAUGAGUUUCAAAUAUCAUUUCCAGAGCAUCAUGAAAUUUACGUAUUUAAUAAAUAUGGGCAGCACAUAACGACUAAAAAUGUUUUGACGGGGAAAACUGUGUACAAUUUUCACUACAAUGUGAACACAAGUUUUGGCAAACUUAGCGCUGUUACAGAUGCAUCUGGAAACAAAGUGGCUUUCUUAAGAGAUCAAGGAAAUAGUUUACAUACGAUAGAGACGGCGCGUGGUCAAAAAUGUCGAGUACAAAUGGGUAAACAAGUCACUUUAGAAGUCUUUGUCGAUCCUGAUAAUAUGGAGACUGUUUUCGAUUAUGACAGUAAUGGUCUUUUAACAAGUAGAUCUGACGCAGCUGGACGAUCAUUCUUUUACGUUUACGACCUCAAUGGCCGACUCUCCCAAGUCAUAAAACCUAGUGGCCAGGAGACAGUGCUAACAUUUGAUUUAGGACCUGAUGGCGCAUCAGUUGUGUCAACAGACCAGAAUAAAGGAGAACAAUCUGUCGUCACUGUCAAAGGGAAUACUGUUGUAAGUCAACAAGGAGCUGCUCCAGUUGAAACAACGAUUCACCAAGAUGGCGUAAUCGAAGUAGAAACACCAUGGCAGCAGGGCCUCGUCUGGGAAUCUGCACCACAUCCUGUUCUGACGGGCACACUACCUGUUCAAGCAGGAAUGUUCCCCAUUCCUUUGCGCCUAACAUCUUUCGAAGGGGACGAGACCAGUACUGUGUCCUCCUGGAGUUACGAUAUAAAGUUCAACAAAAAGGACAAAGAAAGGACCGUGGUGGCUGUUGAACGUGCGCUUGUGGUAAAUGACACGCAGCUUCUUACAGUCGAGUAUGAUUGGGUAGCGGGACGAGAAAUCCUGUACAAUAGCUCUCGCCGUCCCUUUUUAGUAGUACAGUACGACAGUUUUUCCCGUCCUGUUCAGUGGCUUCCAACAGACACCAGGCUGCCUUUGAAUCUGAUGUAUGAACGACUGGGAAGGCUUAGUGGGUGGCAACAGGGACCACUAUCUGAGACCUAUGCGUACGACCGGAUGGGCCAUUUGACUGAAAUCAAAAGUCCAGAUAACUCAGCAAUGAAAUAUUCCUAUGAGUUGAAAACAACGCCUGCCAAAAUCACCUUACCAAGCGGACGAAAAUUUACUUAUCAUUACGAUGACAAUGGAGGCCUUAAAUACGUCACCACUCCCAAAGGAUCCCACCAUACGUUCACAGCAUACGUCUCUAUAGGGUUUUACAAAUUGUUGUACACUCCUCCAGGAAACACCGGUUCCUAUGUGGUACAUUUCAAUGACCAAAGGCUGCCCCUGCUAAAGACGUAUCCUGGAGACCUCGGCCGAGCCUUGUACAGAUACGACGAGAAGAUGAUGCUGACUUCUAUUGUGUAUGGCGGAGGAAAGAUCGAGAGGAAUUACAGUGCAUCCGGAUUCAUCAAUUUUGAAGCUUGGAAGACACAGGACGUGGAAAUAAUCAGCGAGUUCACAUACCGUGGAUCAUCUCUAACAAGGUGGAAAAUGAAAUUCAACAGUCCAUUUCCUCUAACAAAUGCAGUAUUUACUUACACAUACGAUGGAAUGCAGCGCCCACUCACAAUAGUGGCAAAGAUCGGAAAUGUCCAAUUACAACCAUUGGAGUUCAUCACCAACAUGACCACGGGGCGUAAAGAACAAAUUGGACCUUUCCGUUGCUAUGAGCGGUUUCAUAAUGAAUCUAUUAUAUCUGAUGGGGUAGCUUCAGUAACAAGACAGGUGGAUUCAUUGUAUCGACUCAAGUUCUUAUCUAUUGUCAUCAGUGAUAAAGAGGUAUACAGAGUGGAUAUGCAGUACGACAACCGCAACUUAGUCACUCAGUCCAAGAUCUACAUGAAACACCUCGGUGUUUCCAAGGUCCGAGUGCAAAAUUAUUCCUACGACGAAGAUGGCCAACUCGUGGAAAUGGUUGGGCGCGAUCACUGGAAGUUCAACUACGACCCGAACGGCAACAUGGUCACCAUGCAAUACAUGGGGAACAAGAUCGACAUACUGAAUGACGCUGGCGACAGGAUAGUCAGCUUCGGCGAAACGCCGUACGUCCUGGACGGACGGGGAUUUGUAACCCAAAGGGGCGAAGAAAGAUUUGUGUACAACACAAAACGCCAACUUACCAGGGCAUUUCGUGUUGGACGGUACGAUAUAGAUUACUAUUACGAUGGCAGAGGUCGACUAUCCGUGAGGAAGGACAACGUUGGUAAUGUGACACAGUUCUUUUACGCGGACCCCAGCCAACCUUUUGCUGUCACUCAUAUCUACAACAAUGCUGACGGGAGGACAAUAACGCUGCUUUACGACGAUCGCAACUAUCCUAUGUUCAUUCUACUAAACAAAGAAACUUUUUAUAUUGCCACAGAUCAUACUGGUAGUCCGUUGCUGGUAUAUGAUGUCUAUGGAGAUGUUGUCAAAGAGAUUCAUAGAGGACCUUACGGCCAUGUGCUUUUUGAUUCGAAUCCAAAUUUUUACUUACCUGUGGAUUUCCAAGGAGGAUUAUUGGAUCCAAUGACUGGUCUAAUCCACUUUGCUGACAGAGUGUAUGAUUCGCUGGUCGGUCAAUGGAUGACACCUGGAUGGGAUGACAUAUUGAGAACGUUGUCCAAUCCAAAGAGACUUCAUUUGUACAGAUUUAACGAAAAUGACCCUGUCAAUGUGAAUCCAGGAUUAAAAAAUAAACUAGACCUCAAAGAAUGGAUACUUUAUCAAGGAAUUAAUCUAGAGACCUUAGACCUUGCUGCGAAUGAAGUUUACUCUAGACUACCAUAUGAACCUAUGAACACUGAUUUCCAGCCCCUCCAUUUAGACCUCCCGUCUGUUCCGUUGAUAUCGGGAUUAACGUGCUCUGUGCAACAAAAACUUCAAACAUUUUCUCGCUUAACAAGUGUACAUACAUCUAAAGUUAAGCGUGAACAAUUGUGCGAUUCUUCUCUUCCUAAAAUUAGUACACACAAUGUUCCGUUUGGAAAGGGUAUUACUGUGUCCAGCGUAAACGGUCGCGCGGUUGUCAGAGCUUCAGCAAGAGCAGAAAUCAUAAGAAAAGAUGUGUUCUCAGCAGUUUUCAACAACUGUCACAUUCUUGACUUACAUUUGACGUUCCACGGACAAGAUGUUUUCUACCUUGUGAAAGAUAGCACAUAUCGGGUUGGGGAUGACCUCAACCAAUUGCAAAGACUCGGAAGUUCUGCAGUUAACACAAGUGUGCACGAAAGCAAGCAGGAGGAAGGUGAAGUAGCUAAGCAAGGACCUGGACAUCAGCAUCAAGUUGAUGUGAGAAUUCAUUCCCACCACGCGAUUCUCAACAUUAGGUAUGGAACGACUCCAGACAAAGAACGACAGAGACUCUUGAGGCAUGCCAAGCGCCAAGCCGUGUCCCAUCGAUGGUCUCAGGAAAGAGACAUCAUAUCAUCAAACCAGAGGGGGCCUCUGAAAUGGACAGAGCGGGAAAAAGAACAAAUUCUUAGCAGUGGCUACGCAAGUGGCUACAGUGGGGAAUAUUUCCACGAAGUCAGCUCAUAUCCAGAGCUAGCUGACGAUCCUUCAAACAUAGUUUUUCAUAAAAAUGAAAGACAUAACAAGAGGUGA